AUGGCGUCUGACGCUUUCGCGCUUGUGGCGACUGCUCUUGCCGAAGCCAGCCCCGGAGGGGUCCCGGGGCCCCAGGUCCCAGCCCUGCUCCGGGCCGCCUCGGCGCUGGCUGGGCGCGCAGCUUCGUCCUCCUUGUCGCCGGGGCGGGCAUCGGAAUCGGCGGCGUUCCCGGGAUCCUCUCUAUCACCCUCCGCCCGGCCGUUCUCCUGCCUGCUUGAGGCCACGGCAGCAGCAGACGUUUCGGCGGACUCAGCGGCGGUCGGCGCGGAAUGUUCGCUCGGGGAACGUUCUUGUCUCCUCGUCGCCACAGCGACAACCGCCGCAAUCUCAGGCGACCCAAGCAGUGACGGGGGUUCCGUCAACAUUGGCGCCGGUGAAUCCGCAGCCCCCUGCCCCACUGGUUCCUCCUCCGCAGCCGGAGCCUCGCCCGCCGCUGGUAACGUCGCCGGCUGCACCGCAGAGGGCGAGUCUCCUCCCGCGCCGUCACACCCGGUUCCCCAGCCGCCCCCUCCUCCCCCGAACCAGUUACCUCUACCCCAGCCACAGCUGCACCAUCAGCCAGCUUCCCAGUUGCCGCCGCUCCCCUCUGCCCCUCCUGCACCCCCCGUUGCUGUUCCUGUGGCCGCGUUGCCUCCUCCCGUCGAGCAGCGCGUAAUGCACGUGGGGACGUGUUUGACGCUGCUGUCGUACGUCCUGGACCAGCUCCACGUGUGUUUGGCGCGUCAGAGCGUGGAGGUUGGGGGCAUGCUCCCCGUGGAACGGUCCGCGGCAGUGGCCGCGGCGACGGAGAUGUUGCAUUAUCUCCCCUUGAUCGGCUUUUUGCCGGGUGCCCCCGGUGCAGCGCUCGGGCCCGGCCCCCGGGCAAUGGUAAGGCUUGCUGAGUCCGCCUGGGAGGCCCCCAUCGGCCUUGUGUCAGCAGCCGCAUCCGUCCUACGCUGGAUGGACGGGAGGCUUUGCUGGAUCCUGGCCGAGUAG